CAGCACCUGACGGGAGGCGCUUGUGCUUUGGUUGGAGAUGGGGGCCAACGGGAACCCGGCAGCCUCUAGGGCCUGGUGGCUUCCCUCCAGCCGGGAAGCCUCGGGCUCCUGUGCGCCUCGGAAGCCGAAAAGAGCGGCAUGGCAGCCGCUGCAGGAGGCGGAGCCAAGCGCUGACCUGGCGGCAUCGGAAACAGAGGCACCUUCUCUGGGAACCGCUUUCCAGCCAUCCCUCCCCUUCCCAGUUUUCCUCUGUGUUGAGGUAACGGCACUUAAGUCUUCAUAAGGCCCUGUGACCCCCUCGGCUGUUGCGAGGCGUGUUGUGUGAGAGAGAAAUCCCAGGGAUCCUGUCGCCAUGGAGCACAUCCGAAUGCCCAAGGUAGAAAAUGUCCGCUUGAUUGAUGGAAUAUCUUCCAAAAGGGCUGCAUUAGGGACACUGUAUCUAACAGCCACUCAUGUGAUCUUUGUAGAAAAUGAGUCAGACACCCGUAAAGAGACAUGGGUUCUUCACAGUCAAAUCUCUUCUAUCGAAAAGCAGGCUACAGCGGCUACUGGUUGUCCUUUGCUGAUUCGCUGCAAGAAUUUUCAGAACAUCCAGUUCAUCAUGCCUCAAGAAAGAGAUUGCCAUGAUGUUUACAUAUCUUUAAUCCGUCUGGCACGCCCAGUUAAAUAUGAAGAGUUGUACUGUUUUUCCUUCAACCCCAAACUAAACAAAGAGGAGCGAGAACAAGGCUGGAAUCUGACAAACAUGAAGGAAGAGUAUAAUCGGAUGGGGGUCCCAAAUAAUUACUGGCAGCUCAGUGAUGUCAAUAGAGAUUACAGGGUCUGUGACUCUUACCCCACUGAAGUGUAUGUGCCGAAAUCAGCCACUGCCCACAUCAUUAUGGGAAGCUCUAAAUUCCGCAGCAGGAGGCGUUUCCCAGCACUUUCAUAUUACUACAAGCAGAAUAACGCUUCCAUAUGCAGGAGUAGCCAGCCUCUCUCAGGCUUCAGUGCCCGAUGCCUUGAAGAUGAACAGAUGCUUCAGUCGAUCAGGAAAGCAAAUCCAGGAAGUGAUUUCAUCUAUGUUGUUGAUACACGGCCAAAACUCAAUGCAAUGGCAAACAGAGCAGCUGGGAAAGGAUAUGAGAAUGAAGACAACUACUCCAACAUUAAGUUUCAGUUCAUAGGUAUUGAGAACAUCCAUGUCAUGAGGAGCAGUCUCCAAAAAAUGCUGGAAGUUUGCGAGCUGAGAUCUCCUUCGAUGAGUGACUUCCUCUGGGGUUUAGAGAACUCAGGCUGGUUAAAGCAUAUCAAAGCCAUCAUGGAUGCUGGCAUCUUUAUUGCUAAGGCUGUUGCUGAAGAAGGAGUGAGCGUUCUUGUUCACUGUUCUGACGGAUGGGACCGGACAGCUCAGGUUUGCUCCGUAGCAAGCCUUCUUGUAGAUCCAUAUUACAGAACUAUGAAAGGGUUUAUGGUAUUAAUUGACAAAGACUGGGUUUCAUUUGGCCAUAAAUUUAAUCACAGGUAUGGCAAUUUAGAUGGAGACCCAAAGGAGAUCUCUCCAGUUAUUGAUCAGUUCAUCGAGUGUGUUUGGCAGCUUAUGGAACAAUUUCCUUGUGCCUUUGAAUUCAACGAAAGGUUCCUAAUCCACAUACAGCAUCACAUCUGUUCGUGCCAGUUUGGGAACUUCCUGUGCAACUGUCAGAAGGAAAGACGAGAGCUGAAGAUUCAAGAGCGGACUUACUCACUUUGGGCUCACUUGUGGAAGAAUCGGGCAGAUUAUGUGAAUCCGCUGUAUAGGGAAGACCAUAAUCGGACCCUGCACCCACAGUCUGCACACUGCCAUUUUAUCUACAAGUUCUGGAGUGGAAUGUACAACCGCUUUGAAAAAGGGCUGCAUCCUCGGCAGUCUGUUACUGAGUACUUAUUGGCAGUGAAGGAAGAAACACAACAGUUGGAGGAAGAGCUACUGGUCUUGGAAGAGAGAUUGGCCAGACUUACAAGCGGGCAGUUGAAUAAUGGCGAGAUAAAGAAAAAACAACAAAAUGGAAGCAACGACUUUGGACAUUCUACUUCCAAUGACAGCAUCGCCAACACUCCCCAGGAUUACACAGGCAAUCUGAAAUCCUUCUCCUCCCGGAGCCCAUCACAGGGAGAUGAAGAAGACUCGGCCCUGAUUCUUACGCAAGAUAACCUGAAAAGCUCUGAUCCAGAUCUCUCUGCCAACAGUGAUCAGGAGUCAGGUGUGGAGGACAUGAGCUGCCGGUCCCCAAGCGGAGGGGGAUGUUUGCCCAGCGAGGAUAGCACCAAAGACCGCGAUUCGGACGAAGCUGUUUGUCUUACUGUCUGAAACGACAGCCAGUCAGUAGGUGACAAAUAACUGCAUGUUGAAAGAGAGAAAAGUCCAAAGAAAUAAGAGUUGUGCACUUAAGGCCCAGAUGU